AUCCAGUUUAUCAGACCUGAAAGACAUUGUACUAGAGUGUAAUUUCUGUUUAGUUUCAAGCAACAAAGAUUUCUCUUUCCCUUUCUUUGUCGCAAUAAUUCUCCCAAGUGCCCGUAGUCUUUCGUAAUUCGAAGUGUUUGCAGCUUAGUUCUGCGAGGAUAAAAUAUCGUCAAUAUUAUUAGUCAAAUGAAGUCUUUUGUUGUGCAAGUACAACCAGCCUAGGGAGUGAUUUCAGAAUGGCUAGAGCAUACGACCACUUAUUCAAACUACUAAUCAUUGGUGAUAGUGGUGUUGGAAAAAGUUCUCUGCUCGUAAGAUUCUCAGAUAAUAGAUUUUCUGGAAACUACAUUACGACAAUUGGUGUUGAUUUCAAAAUCAGAACCGUCGACAUAGAUGGCGAAAAAGUCAAACUACAGAUCUGGGACACAGCUGGGCAAGAACGAUUUAGAACUAUAACAUCUACUUAUUAUCGUGACACUCACGGAGUCAUAGUUGUGUAUGAUGUGACAAACGGUGAGUCUUUUGCGAACGUUAAACGCUGGCUUCAUGAGAUUGAUCAGAACUGUGAAGUUGUUAACAAAAUUUUAGUUGGCAAUAAGAAUGAUGCUCCAGAGAGCAAAGUUGUUUUGACAGAAGAUGCUCAACGAUUUGCAAAUCAAAUGGGAAUCCAGUUAUUCGAAACCAGUGCUAAGGAUAAUAUAAAUGUCGAAGAGAUGUUCAUGGCAAUAACAAGGCUAGUUCUACGAUCUAAAAAAGAACGAAAAGAACGACAAGCUAAUGCUAACAAUGAUAUAGUCAAUUUAAGGAAAUCACAUUUGAAAUCAAAUAAACGGAAGUUCUGCUAAUUUUUUUACUCACUGUCACAUAGGAAUACAUUGAAUCAUCGGGAGCUGUAACCCACAAGUAAAGCCAGUCAGUCAAUUGAGCCCACAUAGUCAGAUAGUUGAGAGUUUCAAGGAUGUCAUUACAGCUUAAGAACUCCAUCGACCUGCCAGUUACGUCUUCGAGUCAGUCUCUCUCCACUAACAGUCAUUCCGAAGCCCCACAUCAGCUCUUGAAGAAUAUACAGGAGUCAGAACACUUAGCUUGUGUUGGCGAAUGUGCAAUGGAACUGUACAAUACAUGUUUUGUCAGUAUGAAAUGUCAUCAAAGGUAUCAUCAGUGUACAGAAUUUUCAUCAAUCGAUUGAGGAUUUGAGGAAAAUUCAAGUCAUGCAAAGGAAGAUGUAAGGAAUGAUUAGAUUUUACUUUGCAGAAAAUGAAGUCUGAAGAAAAAGGUAAAGCAAGUUCUUGUGCUUAACAGUUUUACAAGAAUCAUCCUUUGAAAAAUGGCAUAUGAUUUCACCAACCAAUUGAAUGAUAAGAUUAACCAUUGAACGCACCCACCAAGCCGCACAUAUGUUUACUUUUUUCCAGUAUAGAUGUCAGAAAAUAAUAUUUUUUACAGCUUCUCCUCAUAAGUAAUUGGGUCCUUUAGCAAUGAUGUAAUUAGUUUGACUUAAAAAGUUUGUUCUCUGUGCAGCUGUAAAUAGGUAUCCCAACAAUAUCCUCAUUGCAGCCAAGUAGAGUGCGAUGAAUGAUGAAAUUAAGUUUAAUUUCCAAGCGUUUAAUCACAACUCAUUACAAUUUCAACCAAUGCUGCAUUCUAAAAUGUUGUUGAACUUUGAUGACAGUGAAAUUAAGAUUAUUUUUGUUUUCACAUGUGAGUAGGAACAGAAAUUAUGAGCUUUGAUGUUUUUCUUCAGUAUCAUGAAUCAGGUCGAGGCCCAUCUUUUCAGCUCCCAUUUGUUAUGAGAGAAAACGGCAAAUGCUGUCGCAGCUGUCAACUGCUCUUAAAGAUGAAAUAUCUUUGAGGUACUUUCUAACUUACUCGCACUUUGUACCAAAGACUGUUAUUUGAUCGACUCGAGGGCCAAUAUUUUUUGUUAUCAAUUCCUAAUGAGGACCAAUGUCUCUGCACAAUUUAAAACGCAUUCCAAUUUUACUAUCAUUCAGCUGUGUAGUGCGCUUUUUGCACUUUUGUUUUUAUUUUAGGCUUGUGUGCCACUGAAAGUAUUAUACUGUGUAGCCUCACUCUGCCCAUUUCUUUAAUUAAUUGAAAUGUAUCCUAAAACUGAAGUUCGUUUAAAUAAGAGGAUUUGCAAUGAGUCAGCUUUUGUAUUUGUUUAAAGUGUCAAUUACGUAGGAACUUGCAUGUCCUCUUUUGCCAGCAGUGUUUGAAUUUCUUCCUGUACACAACUUCAGAAGGCUUUAGGGAAGGGCUUCAGGGAUUUAAUUCAGUCCCAGUCUAGGAGCAAGAUAUUUCAUCGCUUCAUGGCUGCUUCUUUCAGAAAUGAAUCUGUAAGAUUUAAUAGUGGAAUUGUAUUAUUGGAAUUGAUAAACUCAACUCAAGACAUUUUUAUGUUUUCUGGACAAGUUGCGAAGUCCACCUUGACUCCUAUACCAAGGAGUUCUAGCAAUUUAGCCAGUUGAGUCCAUUAAUUCCUUUUCUCAUUUGUUCUAUCCAAAAUCAGACUCAUCAUUCAGAAACUCGCAAAUUCUGUGAUGAAAUUAACAGAAAAUGGACAAUGUUUUACUAGCGGUUUUGGCGUAGUUGGGAGUGACUUUCUGUAGCCUCAAGUAAAGGAUCAAUCGUUUUCCGAAGGGUCAAAUAAUAUAUUUGCAUCAAAUAGUUAAUGUACACCUGUUUAAAAUUCAUUUGAAUGGUUGCAUUUUUGUUAUUUUUGUACUGAAAGCUUCAAUUCUUAUGAGUCAUUUUCCCCCUGCAACCUGUACCUACGUCCAAUUCAGCUCUUUCUUUGUAAUUUUUUUUACUAUAUAAUUCUUUUGAUUAAAUCAUGAAGUUUUUCCUUUUCUACACAUACUUUUUUGAAGGGUCAAUGCAGUAUUUAAAUUUUGAUCACAGUUAUGGUGUAUACAUGUUUCUCCCUGAAUCUUAUGGAAUUUUUCUCUAUGUCUGUGCUAAUUUUUAAUAGUUAAUUUUUCAACCAUACCUGUUAAAAUCGUAUGAAGGGAUAAUAAUUUUUUAUACUUCAGUACAUUAUGUAUGCAUGGAAAAAAGAUUAUUACAUCUUAUACCCCCGCAUAGAUCUGAAUGUGAAAUUUCUCAGAAAUGUGUUUCUAGAAUGAAUAAUUUUUUCCUGUCAAAUAUUACUUGGAGCGUGUUUUUAUUUAGGCAGAAGGAUUGAGGAGACAGGAACAGUUGAGAUCAAAACGGAUAGAAAAAGAACAAAUUUGUUCAGUAUUUGCUCCUCUUUUUCCUUUCUGAAAACAGAGGAUUUUAUGGUAUACGUUUUUACCUUUACCUUACUUUGUUUACCUAUUUAAAAACGAUUAUCUUGUAGCUUGCUUCAAACUUGAUUCAAAAGAAUGAAGACUGUCGAAAGGCUUUAUCAAUAAGCAAUCUCAUAAAAUUCAGAAAUCUAAUUAGUGCUAGAAAUCACUGUAAAUGAAAAACUGGAGGGUAGAAAAUUAUAAAACAUGCCAGAAAAGUAAUUAAUGCCUUAGCUCCCGUGCACUUGACAAAAGUGAGUAAAAAAUGCUGAUUUUCUAAUUAAUUCAAGAAAUCCUAGGUAUUGGUUUUGUGAUUGUAAAGAUAGUUUCAAUCGGUAUUACAAAUGUAUUUGGUAAAAAUUGACAAACUUGUUAAAUAUGAUUAGAUAAGUCUGCCUCAUCACUUUCAAGAAGGUGUUCCCACCUGAACAUUUCAGAGACUCUCAUUCUGUAAUUUUUUUUAUAUUUUGUGACCACUUUCCAUGUUACACUCCACUGAUGUUGCUUGUACUAAGUACAUGCAAAAAUACAUGAAAAUUGCAUUCAAAUUUUUUUCAACAAAAUCUUUGAACUACUUUUUUCCCCUAUAGGUUGGCAAAGUCUCAGUGUAGAUCUUGAUGAAUAAUUAACAGCUCUGUACCUUCUUAAUUAUGGCAAGUGAGAUCCUUAAUUACGCUUCAACUCCAGAUGUUUUAAAAAAAAACAAAGCUUACUAGGUUUUAGGUCCAGUUUUUUUUUAAACCGUACAUUUUUUUUCAUUCUUAUAUUUUUACUUUUUGUCAUUCAAAUUAAAUUUUUGACAGUCUCUUGAAUGUUCAGUGACUCGCUUUUUCUUGAUCUUUCACAUACUAAAUAUUUUUUCAUUUAGGAUGGCGGAAUCAACUGGACUUGAAAUCAUAAAAACCGUCAUUAUUGAUCUCUUCUUCUAAAAAAUUCAUAAUCUCCUCACAAAGUACCGAAAACUGCAGGUCCAAUGCUUUUUCUGUAACUAGGCUAAACUCGAUAGAUUUCCUUUAUCAAAAACAAUGCUAGGCUAAGGCAUGUUCUCGAAUUUUUUUCAAAUGAAAAAUUGCUGCGACUGGAUUGUAUUAUAUUAGCGCUGUAAAUAUCUUCCAAGAAUUGUACCAUUUUUAUCAAGUUACCAUUUGGUAUAAUUUGCUAUGUAUACUUUUCUGUAAGGGUAUACUUUUUUGUAUCUAGAAAUGUGUAAAAUACAUUAUUUUUAUAAAUUUA